AUGACCUGGGACGUACGACUGGCGCUGGCCCUGCUUGAGGCGACGUCCGACCCACAGGUCGGCGGAAAGUUCUGGCAUGUCUACGGCCGCUUGCUGCCUCUGCCACACACGGUGACGGUACCCUUCUGCCUGCCGGAGCGCCUCUUGGGCCAGCUACACAACAGCGGGAUGGCCGAGCGGGCUCGGAAGCAGGUCGAGCGGGUGCGCUCCCUGUACCCGGACCUGAUGCAGACGCUGCUCUCUCACCCCAAGACAGCCGUGUACGCGGCUAGGAAGACCGCCGAAGGCGAGGCGACGGCAGCAGCAGGAGAAGCGGCAACAACAGCGGCCACAAAAGAAGCGGCAGAAAAGGAGACGGAUGCGGUGCCGAUGGCUCUGCUUUGGGCGUUCGCGAUGGUGCGGAGCAGGGCGUUCGCGGCCAACGGCGAUCGUUUCGCGUUCGUGCCCUUUCUGGACAUGGCCAACCACGGCUUCGCUGACCCGGCCGCGAACUUCACGUACAUUAGCGGAGGAGAAUCACAACCGGGCGUGUUCCAGCUCCAAGCGAUGCGCAAUAUCAGCGCCGGGGAAGAGGUUACCAUUUCGUACGGAGAACAGCUGAAUGCCGAGCAGCUGAUGGUGCAGUACGGCUUCCCCGCGCCCCCGAACGUGCCGCUCGAGCGUCCACUGUGUGGCUCGGACGCUCUCGUCCGAGACACCGCAGCGGUAGCCAUGGCGGAGGGGAAACAGACGGCGGGAGCGGCGACGGCGACGGCGGCUGCGGGUGAAGGCGUUGUAGGAGGCGGGAAUGCGGGGGGUCUCCCUGCGGCGGCGGCCCAAGAAAAGGAGGAAGAACGAGGGUCGCGGGGUGCGUUGUCUGAGGCGGAAAGGGUAGGGCUAAUGAACGAGCUGUUCCUGCGCGCGCAGCAGCGGUUCGCGAGGGAGGCCGGUGGUGACGAGCGACGGUUUGAGAUAGGGGUCCGAAAGGUGCUCCCGCUUAUUCCGCCGAUCGCGACCAAGAUCGGAGAGCUCAUGGGCGACGGGGAGGACGGGAUGAUCAAAGGCGCUGAGCUCUACCUCGAGGAGUUGCAAGCGUACCGGUCCGAAAACUUUCCGUCUACGGAAGAGCAGGACAGAGAACUGCUCAGCUAUUGCAUGGGCAACGGCAGAGGGAAAGUGGACCCGCGGUUGGCGGACGUAGUGCGGUACCGCCUCGGCAGAAAAGAGGCGCACUCGACGGCCGCGGGAAUCCUCGAGGAGUUCACGGCGCCGGCACCGUCGACACCGUCGACACCGCCAGCUAGUGAUGCAACCGACCCUCCGCAGGAGGCUCAGGAGGAGGAGUAGAUGGCGGGGUGUAGAGAUAGAGGAAACUGCGGACACGGUGUCUUUAGGGUACACCCAACGGCAGAGAGAGUUGGGGCAAUGGAAAAUCCAUGCGGUUGCUAGAGGCCGGUGGUGACCACGUCACGGGGGGGGGCACCGGCGGAGAGAGGGCGCAGCGGGAGAACUCCGCCGACGGGCGGGCGGUUGAUCGAGACAGCCUCAUUCCGCCAUCGCGGGCGUCCGGGGACGAUAAGAUGUUCUCCCAAGAUGCAUUAGAACGGUGGAGUCUGUAAUUUUUGGGGAUUUUGUGCACCAAUGCGCCCAGAAUCGCGUCUAUCAAUGGAAGAAAGGUGCAAGGGAUUGCUAGUUAUCGGUGAGGGGUACACUGUUGUUUGGUAGCAAUACCGCCGCUGAUCUGCGGGUGACUGCGUUCCGUGAGUGUCUCUUGUGCGAUAGGUUGUUGGGUUGCCAUUGGUGCGAGGAGUAGGAAGGAUGAGCAGCAAGGGGAGAAUUUGUGGUGGGGCAUGAAGCGUGUAUGCCGAGCUGGGGUGACCCGGGGCGUUCUAUCGACCAGGCGGGGUCGACUGCAGCGGAGAGUUGAGAAGGCAGGGGAAUGGAACGUCGACGACUCUCGACAGUUUUUUUUGUCGUUUUUUUUUUGCGGCCGCGGGCACAGCUAUGGUGUGGUGGCAUUGCUCAAGUGCAUUUUGAACUCUAUCGCCGUGCGUAUUGUCGAGAGCGAAACCCUGGCGAGGCGGCAGAAUUCACCAAGGUCAGCCGCCAUCUGUCUUUCGAAAUCCCACCUUCUUUUGCACUACUAGAUGGUUAUCCUGGUGUCAUUAGGCGGCUUUCGACGGCGGCACCUUAUGAACCAACUUUCUUUGCCUUUUGGAGGUUCAAUCGCUCGAGGGAGGAUGAACCGGUCCGGGAUUUUGUUGUCUUCGUCAUGUAUAUCCUCUUCGUUAGCUACCACAUUGACAAAGGGGCAUUCAUUCUCUGUUAACACCGGCGACACGGUCCACUAUCGCCCACCGUAUUUAGUGUACGUAGCAAUCGCGUUGAGAGUGUGCACACAAAUACCAAACCGGGAGAAACAUGGCAGGGGUCCGGGUUUCCCCGCUGCGAAGGCGCCGGAC